GUUUCGACCCGCCCAUGGCCUGAAGUGGACGGACAACUCUUUUUAACUGAGUCGGGUGAAAAAAAAACUCGAAUCUCUCUCGUCUUGCAGGGCAGAGCUAAUUGUUAUAUUUAGAGUCCCGCUCUGUAGUGAAACAAAAAGAUUAGCAUACAAAAAUAUUUUAGGGUUUUUAUUGUGAACAAAACACACACUGGUGAACUCCGAGUUGUUGCACCUGUGAGAAGGUAUAACAGGGUUAGAAGGAAGAGGAAGAGACUAACAGAAAAAAGGGGACUGUGAGAAAAGGGAAAGAAGAACCUCUGAGUAUCAGAACGUAGGAGUCCAGGGUCACACUGCACCACUUGAGACAGGAGUCUGGAAAUCAACCUGGAAAAAAAGGAUAAGACAAAGAAACCGCAAAGACAAGGGAAGUUCCCCCAGCCUGCUGCUGCCUUGGAUUCGCUUGGCAGGUAGUUGGCAAGCAGGCGAGAGAUGGCAGCCAGUCCCUUCAGCCGGCGUCAGUGGGCCUCCCAGUCCCUCCGCGUCACAGCCAAGGAGCUCUCUCUGGUCAGCACCCGCAGCAAAGGCAAUGCCAUUGCAGAAAAAUUCUCCAAGUACCAGAAGGCUGCUGAAGAAGCGAGCACAGAGAAAAAGAAACAUGGCAUCGACACCCUCCCGCCUUCCUUUCGGAAGGGGAACCUGAGUGUGCUGAAGAAGAGGUGGGAGCAGCAGCCGGCCACGCACGACCCGCCGCCGCCGCCCACGCCCCCGAGCACCGCACCCCGGGCCCGACCCUGUGCCAGGCCCGACCCAGCCCAGAGCCCACCAGGCGAGUCGCGCAGCAGCCAGGACAGCGCCGGGAGGCCCAAGUCACCCGGUUCGGCACUCGUCCCUGGCAGCCGCUUCCGGUACCCGAGUGAGGGAGAGAGGGCCGGAGGAAGAGAGGAGCAGGAGGACGACGCGGCCAUGGAGAGGAAGCUGUGGAGGCAGAACGAUGGCGCCGACGGCGAGAGCAUGGUAGCAGGCACCACCUCCCCUGGGGGCAGCGUCCACAUCGAGAAGCCCAGCGUGCCCCUCAACAGCCUGAAGAGGCUGUUCGAGAAGGGAGAGAGCACACAGGGCAAGGAAUCUCGAGACCCUGGGAAGACUGGAGCAAACAGCAGCUCUGAGGACAUGGAUCUGCGCCUGAGAGACAGAGGUCACCUGGAGGGUCUCUCAGGAUCGGGCGGAUCCUCCCCAGACAAGCUGCUGGAGAUGACUUCGCUGAAGGACAGAAUGGCCAAGUACCAGGCUGCAGUCUCCAAGCAGGAGCCUCUCCCUGCGGGGCAUGGGACGGAGCACGGUCUGAGCGAGGCAGAGCUGCGCAGCCACAGCGUGGAUCAGAAGGAGAACGUACCUCCCAGCCCCCUGGACAAGCAAAGAAGCCCCUGCGCUGAGGUCAGUCAGAACAGCAGGAAGGGCUCCUCUGCAGACAGCACAGGUGAAGGGGAGAGCAGGAAGCUGUCCAGCUCCGUUCUCAAUCAGCCUGUGUCUUCUGGACCCUCCGAGACUGCCCACCCCAAACCUGUCAGGAAGUUCCAGCUGCCAGCACGUGAGACGUGUGUGUCCUGCCAGAAAACCGUCUAUCCACUGGAGCGCCUCAUCGCCAACCAGCAGAUCUACCACAACGCCUGCUUUCGCUGCAGCCACUGCAACUCCAAACUGAGCCUCAGCACCUUCGCCUCCCUGCACGGGACGGUCUACUGCAAGCCGCACUUCAACCAGCUCUUCAAGGCCAAGGGGAACUACGACGAGGGCUUUGGGCACCGGCCACACAAGGAGCUGUGGGAGGCACGGGCCGACAGCGAGGAGCCGGAGGCGGCCAGCGAAGCCCUUAGGGAAGAGCGGGUACAGCCGCCCCAAGAAACGGCGCCGCCGGACAAGCGAGAGAGCCCCCUAGUGGAGGAGUCGCCCCUCGCCAAGGUCAAUAUCCUGGCGGCCAGCCUGGAAACCCGGGCCCAGGCCGUAGCAACGCCGGAGAGGCCCACCUCCGAGAAGCCGGCGGAGACCCGGCGACUCAAAAUCGCCUGGCCGCCGCCUUCCGAUGGGGAGAGGGGUAGCCCCGUGGGCGGGGUCGGGGAAGGAGGGCCGGUGAAGCCCUUCAGGGCCAAGUGGCCCCCAGAGACGGAGUCCGGGGCCCCUCCGGUGCCAAGUCUGGAGCGCAGCGAGAUCAGCAGGCUGCGGCGCAGCUCGUCCCUGAAGGAAAGGAGCCGCCCCUUCACUCUGUCCCCCAGCCCCGCCCCCGCGGCGGCGCCCGCCCCCCGGGAACGGCUUCGCCAGCAGGGGGAGCUGGAGAGCCGGGGGACAGGGGAGAAGAAGGAAGAGGCGGGAGAGAGGGAGAGGACGGCGGAGCUGGAGAGCUGUCCCGCCCCAGUGCCGCGCGGCGCUGAACCGGAGAGGAAGGGCACCAGGGAGGAGGAGAGGAUGCAGGAGGAGAGGGUGGAGGUGACCGGCCCCGAGCAAGGUGUGGUGAAUGGGGAUUCUUCCCCAGAGGAAGAGGAUGAGGAGGAAGACUCUGUCACAGAAGGAGAAGAGAAACCAGCCACACAGCUCCAAGGACAGAGCGAGGAGGAGGAGGAGGAGGUGGAGGAAGAGGAAGAGAGAAAAGAAGAGGAAAAGGAGGAGCUCCAGCAUUUCUCUCCCCUGCCACCCAAGCGUGCCGCCUCUCCGGAGGUUCUGACCCCCGAAGUCAAACACAACCGCUCUUCCCAGGACGUGGGCUUCUGGGAGGGAGAGGAGGAUGGCGGGAGGGUGUCUGUGGAGGAGCUGAUCAAGAAGAACCGCUACUAUGACGAUGACGAUGAAGAGGAGGAAGAGGAGAGGGAGGACUGACCCACCUGUUUUCAGGAAGCUUAAAAAAAUCUAGAAAAAAAAACAGUAUGAAACAGUGUCCUAAUAUCAGUCUUCAGAGUAAAGCCAUUAUUACUGGCUGCUUUUAAUGUUUUAGUUUUCUUUAUGCUGUCUCAGAGCCAGAGCGAAGAGGAAUGAACAAAGCUGUUUUUUUAGUCACACACACACACACACAAUGCUCAAGAGCCUUUUUAAUUGUAUUUUUUGGGCUUUUUUCGAUGGAGUCAACUGAGUUCACGGCAAGCUUUCUGGUGCACAGUGAAUGACUUCUAACUUUUGAUCUUUUGUUUCCUCCUCCUGUGGUACAAUCCUGAUCACUAUGCCUGGAUGGGCUGCCUAUGCCCAUCAUUCCUGACCCCCUUUCCUUAUGAACAGAGCGUUGAUUUGAGCAAAGAAGCAGAGAAACCAUUUGAAACUCAUACUGCAGAUUAUCUGAAAAAUCUAUGAUUGUUUUUCUGUACAGUUCUCUUUUGUAUGUUGUACACUGUGAUUUUUUUACAGAAUCACUAUGAUUUAUGAAUGAUGCGGUUCUAAUACAGGGAUAAAACUUGAGCUUCUGAGUGAGGGUGUGGCAUGUCACCUUAAUAUAAUACCUGUGAACUGGAAAGCCUCGCAUUAACAAAAAUGUAGCUCUGAAAAGUUUUUAUUACAUUUUAUUUUUGUUGAAAACUGCUAUCCUAAUAUAUGAGGCAAGAAUUGGGAUGAUUUAACAGGUUAAAAUACAAUGAUCCAAAACAUACAAUCUUUUAAUUCUUUUUUAGAUUGCAGUUUUUGUUACAGAGAAAGCUUAUGCAGUUAAAAAGUGGAUUGCUUGUCUCAUUUUGUUCCCAGACCAACCAGGUUUAAAUAGGACAGCCUAUGAAAUUAUAAUGGACUCAGACACGAGCUCUCUGAGUUUCAGCUACAGGUGAGCUGCUCUAAACUAGGUACUUUCAGAGAAAUGCUUUAUUACCCCCUGUAGACACCCUGCUAUUCCAGUAAAGUUUGCAAUCUUGAAAUAUACUGCCCCAUCAAAAAAGCAUUAGCAGAUACCCUUAAUUGUGAGUGCCUCCAUCUAGUGGUGAUCACCUCUUCAUUAAGUUGAGGUGUUGGUAACAUUACAUCUUUACAGAUGUCUACAGAUGUGUAGCACCACAUAACCAACUGCGGAGAUGGAAGAUGAUGGGAUCAAUCCAUUUAUUUAGCUUUUCGUAUUCUCAUUCUGUCUUUUUUGGUGUGUUUGUCUCUACCAACUUCAGCUUGUUAACCCCUGAGGCUGUCUGAAUGAAUGCAUUAGCCAGGUCUGAUGUUGCCUUCCGUCAUGUUUCAGAGUCAUGUGCAUGAAUAGUUUUACCUCUUGCAAGGCCACUGAAAUCCAUCUUUUUUUCCUUUAUAACAGUACACUAAGAAAAAGACCUGGCAACUUAAUACUUUACAGCCUUUGGAAGUCAGGGAUAUACCACAUGCUGGCCGAUUCCCACUACUAUGGAGGGGAUAGGUCACUUCUAUUGCACAUGCAUAUUUGUAGGACAGUGCAUAAUCAUGAACAGUUUUACAUGUUAGUAAUUUUUAAAGUGUAACUGUCACACCAGUUAACAUUCAUUUCUGAAUCUGCUUUAUAAAUACAGUAUGUGCUAGUGUUUUUGUGCACUGGACACUUCAGUUCCAGAGCACUCAAGAUACUACACAAGGAAAAAGAAAAAGGAGUCAUGGAGGUGGCUUGUGUGCGAAUGAGGAUGAUGAAGGAGUUUGUUUGUAGAUUUUGUCAUGUUUGUUUUUUUUUGUCUGGAGAUGUUUUUUAAAAGUGGGCUCAAAGUUAACUGGAAACGAAUCUCAUGCACACCAACAAAAUUUUCAUUUUUAUGUGCCGUCUCAAAUAUUGUAAUCUUAAACAUUCCAGUUUUCCUGUUAUUAAAGUUGUAAUUAUUAUUA